UCUCCUCCUCUGUUCCGUUUCUCAUGAUCUGGCUGUCAGUCAGCGCUCCCGUUGGCGGGGAAGAGAUUGAGAGUUAAAUAUUCAUUCUCCUGUCCGAACAUUAGAGCUGGAUGAAGAAUUUGAACCAGUUAUUUGCUCCUCCGAAGAGUAUUCAGCUAACAAUUCGUCGUCUCUGAAUUUGCACGCCUCCAGCAAAUGUGAUCUGUUCUCUUUCCACCGGCUUGUGAAGGUAGAAGUCCACAAGUCCAGGAGGAGGACAGGAGAAGUGGAGGACAUAACGCUUCCCGGUCACUUUAAAGGAAACACAACAAGAAAAAUGAGUGUGAAAAGAAGCGAGCUGUACCCUUGUUAAAUUGUGGCCUGAGGUGCACCGGCGUGAAUUCCUAUAAAAUCCAGACGCACUACAAGCAGCGAGUCCCGGAAUACUGGCCGGCUCCUCUCUCUCUCUCUCUCUCGCUCUCUCUCUCUCUCUCUCGCUCUCUCUCUCUCUCUCACACACACACACACACUCUCUCUCCCUCUCUCUUUCUCCCUCUCUCUCUUCAUCUUUCCUAUUCACUAUUGCUACAUCUGUCUUAUCUUUCCCUCCUUUCUCGCACUCAAUCAUACACCCUCACACCCACGUCAGGCGCGCAGAGAAGUAGCUUUCAGCUCCAAGUCGAGCAGAUUUCAGCCUGCCUGAAACAAACAGAACUUCAGCCCUGGAUUCAAUACUUUUAAUCAAUGGACAGAGCCUGCUUCCCAACCAGUCGAGGCACAGACACACCAUAAGCAGCCUAUACCCUCUGGUGGGAGCUCCCCCUGGUGGUUGGAGGGGGAUGGAGCGAGGUAGCGAGAGCCCCCGGCUACGGGAGAGUCCUGAGAGGCGCGGUGGUAGCCCAGACCUCAGCGGGCCCCCACCUGGCAAGAUGGGUCGACUGGAGCUCAACGGAAGUCCCCCAGGUCCACGGAGUCGCCACAAUGGAGCCCCGCUAAAGUCUCUGGGAGGUCUGAUGAUCCCCGUCUUCUGCGUGGUGGAGCAGAUGGAUGGUGCUGUGCCCUCAGAGGGAGAGGGCCGCGAGGAGCAUGCAGAGUUCGUCUUGGUGCGCAAGGACAUCCUCUUCACCCAGCUGGUGGAGACGGCCCUGCUGGCCCUGGGCUACUCCCACAGCUCAGCAGCCCAGGCUCAGGGAAUCAUCAAAGUUGGCCGCUGGAACCCGCUUCCUAUCCACUACCUGACCGACGCCCCAGAGGCCACAGUGGCAGACAUGCUGUUGGACGUCUACCACAUGGUUACCCUCCGGAUCCAGCUGCAGAGCUUUGCCAAGCUGGAGGACCUGCCCUGGGAACAGUGGAACCACGCCACCGUACGCAACGCCCUCAAAGAGCUGCUCAAGGAGAUGAACCAGAACACACUGGCCAAGGAGUGCCCACUCUCCCAGAGCAUGAUCUCCUCCCUAGUAAACAGCUCAUACUAUGCCAACGUCUCCAGCACCAAGUGUCAAGAGUUUGGUCGCUGGUACAAGAAGUACAAGAAGAUUAAAGGGGAAUACUUGGAUAAGAUGUGGCCAAGUCGGGAAAACUUGGAAAUCAAAGUGGAGAGAGACAGCCUGGCGGACUUCUGUGUCCUCGGGCAGCGCCCCCCACCUCACCUGGCUGGCCUGUCCCAGCUGGGCUCCCUGGGGGGCAGUGGCUCCCUGGUGAAGACUGGAUCGGGUGAUCCCCAGCCCCCUACCCAACAGCAGCAGCCAUCUCAGCAGCCCCAGCAGCCGUCGGCCCACGGCCAGCUCCACCACAGCCCCCCCCUGCAUGGCCAGGUGCCCCCGCCAGCCGCACUGCAGCCGCUGCUCACCCCCGGGGGGCUGCUGUCCCCCCAACUCAGCCCUCAGCUGGUGCGCCAACAGCUGGCCAUGGCCCACCUCAUCAAUCAGCAGCUGGCCGUCAGCCGGCUGCUCGCCCACCAGCACCCACAAGCCCUCAACCAGCAGUUCCUCAACCACCCGCCCAUCCCGCGGCCCGGAAAGCCCGGCGAGCCCGGGGGAAACCCCUCCUCCGUGGAGGUCUCGCCCGACAUCUACCAGCAGGUCCGCGACGAGCUGAAGAGGGCCAGCGUCUCGCAGGCCGUGUUUGCGCGCGUGGCCUUCAACCGGACACAGGGGCUGCUGUCGGAGAUCCUGCGCAAAGAGGAGGACCCACGUUCCGCCUCUCAGUCUCUGCUGGUCAACCUGAAGGCCAUGCAGAACUUCCUGAACCUGCCCGAGGGGGAGCGCGAUCGCAUUUACCAGGAGGAGCGCGAGCGUAGCAUGAAUCCGCCCGUCGGCCUGCCGCCCACCCCUGUCUCCAGCGCAGGAGGGCCUCGCUUGGCACAGGCAAAGGUUCUGGUUCCCAGUCCCGACUUGCCGUUGAAGAUGGACUCCCACAUCAACAUCACGUCAUCUGUCUAUGAUGAGAUCCAGCAGGAGAUGAAGAGGGCAAAGGUCUCCCAGGCACUCUUCGCCAAGGUGGCUGCCAAUAAGAGCCAGGGCUGGCUGUGCGAGCUGCUGCGCUGGAAGGAGAGCCCGAGUCCGGAUAACCGCACCCUCUGGGAGAACCUGUGCACCAUCCGCCGCUUCCUGAACCUGCCGCAGGCCGAGCGGGAUCUAGUCUAUGAGGAGGAGUCCCGGCACCACCACAACGAGCGGCUACACACUGUGCUGCACCUGCCCUCUGACCCCCAGCAGAUACUGCACAGACAGCCCUCCCAGGUAUUGAAGGACCCUUCUCCCAUUCGUGAGGAUCCUCUGCCCAUCCCUCUGCCCAGUAUGGGGGGAGAAGAAGGGGUCCAGACGGGGGGAGGUGUAAGCAAGAAGCCACGCUCACGUACAAAGAUCUCCCUAGAAGCCCUUGCUAUCCUGCAGAGCUUCAUCCAGGAUGUGGGUCUGUACCCCGAUCAGGAAGCCAUCCACACACUGUCUGCCCAGCUUGACCUGCCCAAGCACACCAUCAUCAAGUUCUUCCAGAACCAGCGCUACCACGUGAAGCACCAUGGCAAGCUGAAGGAGCAUGCUGAGGGAGGAGGCGUGGAUGUGUCGGAGUACCGUGACGACGAGCUCCUCUCUGGCUCCGAAGACGCGGAGUCCAGCGAGGACAGCAACGAGGAGCUCUAUGGCGGAGAGGGUGGAGCCGUCAGCACCAGGCCAGAAGAGGGGAAAGACAAAGGCCAGGCCACGGCCAUACGGCCCAGUAACACCUCGUCUAGCCCACGGGACACCGGCGAGCAUCAGAGAUAAUGCAGCAGAAAUUUACCAAGGGACAGGGAACUGCAAGACAGAACAGGGUUUCCAUGUUGAGCGUGACAGUGGUGGUGGGUGCAGAGACCAGUGAGAUGGGUGACAUGCAGACAUGGGGAGAGGCUCACAGAGUGACCAUUGCAGAGGAAGAGUGAUACCUCAGAAGAUAAACAGUGGAGUCGUGUGCGAUGGAGAAAGCUGGGUAGGCGAAUGGCUGAAUUACCAUGCAUUUGGAGUGGGAGCGUAGUAAAAACGUGCUGAAUUCCUGAACAAGUUACCAGUAGCCGUUUCUGAUCUUCUGAUCCUUUUGCUAUGUUCACCAAGACAGCCAUUACCCCAACUGUUUAGGCCAAACACUCAGUGUUUGACUGGAACAGGAUAUUCAGGUAGACCUGCUCAAGAUAAUGCUGAACAGUCCCCCCUUUUCAGGCAUCUGCCGCAGUUUUCUGUAGGCCAUAACAUUUAGAGGUAUCUUAAGGUUGCACACCUUCAGAAUUAAAAAAAAAAAUACAAAAAACACAAGCAAAACAUUUCAGUAAGUUGCACCUGCUUAUUUAACUCCAGUGAUUUCAACACCAUAGAGGGACAUGUUGAUGGGUCAUUCUGGAUAAAGUCAAGAGUUAGAUAACACAGUUUUUCCAAAGCCUGCAAUCAAGCCUGACAGUGUUUGGAAAAUUUAAAUACUCUACCUUCAAGUCUACUCUGUACACCAUCCAGUCGCCCAUCAUUCUCUAAUCCAUUGUUUCCCAGCCUCGUCCUCAGGUACUCCCAAACAGUCCACAUUUUUGCUCCCUUCCAGUUCCCAGGAGUCCCUGAGGGCCAGGUUGGGAAACGCUGCCCAAUACUGUAUGCAUAGGAAGAGGAGUAACCUGAAGCACGUACAUUCAGAUAGGCUUCUAACCCAUCCUUACAUCCUGCACUUUAUAACGAUCCAUUUCAGUGACAAACUUCAUGCUUCACUCCCACCUGUCCCCCAAACAGGCUUCUGUCUUUCUCAGCUCCAAAUGUCCUGUGUGAAAACCUGCUGUGUCCUGCUGUAUUUCCAGUAUCUCCUUCAGACCCUGGGAUUCAUUUCUCUUUGCUCACCAUUGCAAAGAGCUACUAAGAGACAAACCAAGGGGAGAUGCUUCACAAGGAUGUGUAUGGAGAAAACAUGAGUUUGCUGGGGAGAUAUUUCAGUAAUAUCUACUUAAGGAGACGUGGUUCUUCACACGUGACCAAGUACUUCUUCCUCUAGAUUGUCUCUGCAGCCCUCUCCGUGUUGCCCAGGACAGUUUUCUCUUUGCCGCCAAAUCAACUCAAGAGUUUACAGCAGAAAGAGGCAUUUAACGUGAACGCUGAGGACACAGGACCCAGUGAGCAAACAGCCUGGCCAAUUAUGUGCUGGUUCUCUUGCCGUUCCUCUCCCUGUCGCUGUUCUAUUUCACUCCAGCUUGAUCCCACGCUAUCCAAUUUUACCACACCUACCCACACUUAACUCCACAUCCCUAUUUAUUACUAUCUUUAUCCAUGAUUAUAAUUGUUAUUGUUAUUAUUAUUGUUAUUACAGUUGCUGUUGUUGUGUUAUUUCUAUUUUUGUCUACUAUUGGUUUUCAGUGUGUGGUAGUUGUCCUGGAAAUGAGAGAUAUUUAAAGGGAAAAAUCUAAAUAUAACAGGAAAAAGAGGUAGUUACUGAGGAUAUUAAAUAACCCCUGUAAUGCUGUAUAUUACCAGUUCUAUCUAUAUACUUUUCCAAAGAGAAUACAAAUGAACAGAAUUAAAUCCAAAAGAAUUUAAAUAAGAAAUAAAAGAUACAUCGGCUGCAGAUGUUGACAAUCUUUUUUGAGCCAAUCACAGAUGAUAGGCUCUCACUCUAUAAAUAUAUUUAUAUUAUAAGUAUAACUGUGUGUAUGAAUCAAUGUUAGACUUGCCUACAUGAGUGAAAGAAAGGGUCUUUCAGAUCCUGCUCUGAUUGGUUAUCCAGAGUCAGCUGCUACCUUUUAAUGCCAUCAUCUGUCAGGACACGUGUGUCAGUUAUCAGAAUUAUGGAAAAACACUAAAUCAUAUGUCUUUCAUUUUUUAAAGUUCACAGCCUGACAUACAUGACAUACCAAGACAUUGCUUUUAAAUCAGGGAAACUGUGAAAAUACAUAAUCACAAUUUGGCACACUAAUAUGCUGCCUACAUAAUAAUAUUUAUCCCUAAGAUUACAAUCGUUUCUUAUUUAUAAAGUCAUGAAAAAAUGGAUUUUAAAAGUGGUAAUUACAUUGCGAUUCCUCUCUUUGACUCUGGGUUUAGGUCGUCAUCUUAUCGAAUGAGAGCUUUUACUAAAUAGGGCCACUGCCUUCUCGUGCUGUCAUUGAGCACUGCGGUGCAGUGACUUAAUAAAUCACAGUGUAAAUGUGAAUGGAGAGGAAACAAACCCAGUUUCAGAGUGAAACCAUAUGCAGAACUUCAGUAUUAGUGGUUCUCAAACUAGGUCACAACCUCAUGUUAAGGUAUGGAUCUUAUUAAUAACAAUACUAAUGCUGCAAACCUCGACAUUUAUCGUCCAUUUCUGAAAUAUGCAUUGAGUGCUUUUUAUUUGACUACGAUAUUGCCAGGAAACACAUGCAACGGUGUCAUUUUUAUUUUCUUUUUUUGAAACUAAAAUAACCAUAAUUUGAUAAGAUAAUAAAAAAGAAACCAAAAAUGUGACUGCAUAUCCUAAAAUGACUGCAUCUCGUAAUGGUGUAUUACUCUGCCUUUGUGAUUUGGUGACCUUGUGAGGAAGCCAACAGUGCAGUUCAAUAACGCUAAAGAUUGACUUCCCAGACAACUGUGGCUGACCUACGAGAAAUCAGCAAUGCCUUGUCUGCCAUGUCACACUGGGCGAAAAUAAACCUCUCAUAAUUUACAUAUAAUUGGAUGGGUUGGUGACAUCCUUUAUGUCAUGUUCUUAAAAAAGGGACACGUUCCAUUCACUACCAGUGUCUAACAACAGCACAGCAGAUUAUGCAGGAAAUAUGACAAAUUAUGCGUAAAACUACAAUUUAAAUGUAUUUCAUAUAUUUUUAAAUAUAUGAGUCACUAAUGUGUCCCUUGAUGGUUUACUGCUGGUUUAAAAUAAGAAUUCUGCAGCUUAUUUGAAAAAGUAGCCAGCUGUGCUAGAUAUCAGUUAAUCAGUGAAAUGUCUAUGGGGGGCGGGGGGGGGUUGGAGUCAUAAAUACAGCCACGGAAAAAAUUAAGAGACCACAGCACAGUUUUUUGUUUCAUUCAUUUUUGAAUUCAUGGGUGUGCAUCUCUGAAUAUUUUUAUUUAAGUUUUUUGCAAACUGCAGUCUGGUUCUUCCUUGCUUCUCAUUAAUGAAGGGCUUCUUCCUUCCUUUAUGGGACCUCAGUCCUGCUUCUAGGAGCCUGAUGCAAACUAUCCUAGCAGUGCACCUCACACCUGCACUUAAUGUUUCCUGUUCCGUUUGAAGGUCACUUCAUGUCAUCCAUGAUUCAUGAGAAACUGUCGGAUAAGUUAACGGUCACCUCUGGCAUUAGAAAGUCACUUCUGCCCUUUACCUGACUGGUGUCUGGUCAUUCCCAGUGUCUCCUCAAAUUGUUCUUGGGUACUACUGUGUUAGACAUUUUGAACCUGGAAGCAACCUGCUGCUCAGCAUAGCCUUCUGCCAGCAGAAGAACGAUGUAUGCAACCAGUAUGCAAAUUAUUUAAAAAAUAUAGAGUGGUUUUUUAAUUUUUUCCAUGGCUGUAUAUCACUUUUUGUCAUUGGGCUUUCAGGGACAUUGAUCUAGGCUUAUCUGGAUCCAUUCAGCACAAUCACUGCUCACUGCAUCAGUACUACUACGACAAGUAAUCACUUAAUUACGGUUCAUUGUUUUCCAAAAACGGUUCAGCAUCUAUAGACAACCGUACAUCUCCACUACGACUGAAGUACUUUUGACAAACAUGGUGCUGAGGGGGUUAUUUGCGCUUGGUUGUCUUGAAAAGAAAAAACUCAAAAUGUUACCAGGUUGAGGACUAGGCUCAGCCUUAGUAUGGAGGUCCAUCCGUUUCAAUGAGAGGCCUUACAAAAGCCACACACGUCUGGCUACUAAUAAAACACGCAUGGAAAAUGACAGUCAUUUAUAUAGAAAUUCUGAUGUUGUUGUUCCAAAAGCAUCUAGCUGUGAUCUAAAUAGAAUGAGAAUUGACGUAGAUUGCAAGCCUCUCUCGUUGCUAUUCAUUAGCCGUCCCUUCUCUGAAGUCUCAUGCUAGACUUCACGGGCUGUUUAGUAUUGACCUUGUAGGGUUCUUUGCUUUAUUUUUUUCACAUUUCGCCUUCUGACUAUUUCAGUACCUUUUCCCGAAUCAAACUGCCUUUUUAUUUAUGAUCUUGACCCGUGUUUCCUAUAGCAGUAGGGGUACCAGAGAGCACUGCAAGUCAGGCUCCUGCCGCACGCCAGUUUCUCCGUGUGGUUUGUGAGAGACGUGUGCGGCCGCUGGGCUCCGUACUGCGGUUUUACCUGUCAGUCACCCGGCACUUAGACCAGUACAGUCCAGACAGGCUAUUAGUAUCCCAGCAACUCCUCACACCCCCCAUGGUCCCACAUGCAGAGCAGACAAACAGUGCUGAUGAAUGUCACCUCACCCCAAUUCUGCCCAAAUUGCAGUAAAGUAAAAUGGUGCGAGCAGGGGGGGGGGGCGGGGGAAUACUGAGCAGGCAAAUACACCAGCUCUUAUGGAAGACUGGCUGUGGAGCUAUGGAGGGUGCCUAACCUGCUGUAAGCUAUCCCAUGCUGCCCCGGGCUCUCUGCCAGUCCUCCGCUUCGCUACAGGAGGAGGGGCAGAGCAGCAGGACACCAACACUGCAGCACCUUCCCGACGAACGCAGUGUCAGGGUCACGUCCAAUUACGCUCUCUGUCUCCAUCAUCUCCAGCUCCUAAAGGAAGGAAUUUGCUUCCUUUAUGAUGUGGAGAGAUGUAAUUGGAGCGGCCCGCCGUCCUGCAGUUCUAGAUUUGCUUUGAGUCAUGUGGGAAUGAAAUGCGAGGGAUUAGAGCCUCAGAGCAUUGGUACAUAUGGGCACAGGUUGUUCCACAAUUUGUUUGGUCUCGACCCAAAAACGUGUAAACAUGGGAAAAUGCCUAAAUCUAUGUCAUUAUGGUCUACGUCAUUAUGGUCUACGUCAUUGUGCAGCCUGGAAGUAAAUAUGCUGUAUAAACAAAAGAUGACUAACGGAAUACACCAUAAAUAGGGAAUUAUAUUGGAUGUAUGUUGUGUACCUGACAUAAUUAAUACUGAAACAGAACAGAGAGAACCUCCAUAUAUGCCUGUACAACAUACCAGUCAGAUGAUUGAAAAAUUGAGCCUUUCUAACCAGUCAACAGCAGCUUAUUUUAAUAAUAUUCUGGGAAGCAGUACUGAGAGACCCAAUUCAAAUUGACCGUUUCAUCUCUUGUAGCCACUUAGCGGUGUUGUGUUAUCUGGGGUUUUCAUUCAUUGUAUUGCUUCACAAAUAAAGCACAACAGCCUGCUUCUGUACAACAGUUUACCAUGAUUGCUUCCAUCAGGAUCAGUUCUAUCACCAUCAUUGUCAUCAAAGUUUUCACAAGUAUGAUUAUUGACAAUGUGAAUAAACGUUAUUUUAUGUGGAUCAGUCCUUUUGUUAUCUAUGGAAAUCAAACUCAUCUUUGUUAUCACUAAGUGAUGAUUAAUUUUUAACUUAUUUGCAUUGUUAGGCUCUUAGAGUUUGUUCUUUUAAAUUUUGUUGUUUAAUUAAAAUGCAUUCAAUGAAAACCA